AUGGGGUGGUCAAAGUCGACGCGCAUCAAGGUGAUGCUCGUCAUCGAUCUCAUGUUCUUCUUGCUCGAGCUGGGUGCUGGUUUCGCUGUCCAUUCCCUGGCGCUCAUGGCCGAUGCCUUUCAUAUGCUCAACGACAUCAUUUCCUUGCUGGUCGGCUUAUGGGCAGUCUCAGUGGCGAGAAAGGCGACGACGGACAAGUUUUCGUAUGGGUGGCUCCGCGCCGAGAUCUUAGGCGCAUUCUUUAACGCCGUGUUCCUCAUCGCCCUUUGCGUGUCAAUCGUCCUUGAAGCCCUUACUCGAUUCCUAGACCCUCCGGAGAUUGGGAACCCUCAGCUCAUCCUGAUUGUUGGCUGCCUGGGACUGGCUUCAAAUCUUGCGGGCUUCGCUGUUCUUGGAGGACAUGGGCACUCGCAUGGCCCUGGAGAGCAAGGGCAUGAGCAUGCCCAUGGUGCUGACCGCGUCGCCGAAGAGGGGCGCAUCUCUCAUCCCCCAGACCAGGAUAUCGCGGAUCAUGGAGAUGGGCCGGAUGUCUUCCCCGAAGCGGCCGUUGCGAGGUACAGGGCUUCUAGCCAAUUCAGAAAUGGAGAGGGCGAGUCCGAAAGGUUUACAUCUGGACGCAGGGAGCGACGUGCGCAGGGUGCCGGGCGGCACGGCCGCCUCGCGAGCAUCGGCGACAUGAGCAUUCAUCCCGCCAGUUUCCGGCAGGAUAUCAUUGACGCCAGCCGGCCCCAGCCCGAGGAAGAAUUCAGCAGUGAUAGCAACACUGAAGACGAAACGGCUGUUGUUGACGAGGAUGAGUCGCGCGAGGACACUCCUUUGCUUAGCAGAACAGGCGAGUCGCAUGCUGGCAGCGGCUUGCAGUCAACUUCGAAACGGGCCCGGCGCGGAUCCGGAAUCCACCAAGAGCACAACCACAACAAGCCAAAGAAGCCGGGCAAGAAACACGGGCACAGCCACGAUGAUUUGGGCAUGAACGCCAUGAUCCUGCACGUCAUCGGCGACGCGCUGGGCAACGUGGGAGUCAUCGCCACCGCACUCAUUAUCUGGCUGACGGACUGGCCGGGCCGCUACUACGCUGACCCUGCAGUGUCCCUCUUCAUCACGCUCAUCAUCCUCCGCUCCGCGCUGCCCCUCACUGUCGCGGCGUCCAAAAUCCUGCUUCAGGCGACGCCAGAACACAUCGACCUCAACGACGUCCGAGAAGACAUACAGGCGCUGCCGGGCGUCAUCAGCUGCCACCACGUGCACAUCUGGCAGUUGUCCGACACGAAGAUUAUCGCGUCCAUGCACAUUCAGGUCGCCUUCCCUUUGACAGAGGCCAACGGAGAGAAGUACAUGGAGCUGUCCAAGAUGGCACGCAAGUGCCUGCACGCCUAUGGCAUUCACAGCGCGACGAUCCAGCCCGAGUUCUGCCUCGACCGGUCACACCCGCAUGCCCAACAGGGGUCUGAUUGCGACGACGACGACGCCGCCCCCCCGACCAUGGGUAUGGACGGGGCCUCGGCGGUUGCUGCGCAACAGGCCAGGUGUGGGAGCAUCGAGGGGGACGUGUGCCUGCUCGAUUGCGUGGAUGACUGCGUGGGGAUGGGUUGUUGUUCGGCGCCCACUUCGAGGCCGCAGAGUACACACGAUGGUGAGGCCAGCGGGCAUUCACAUGGGCAUGGGCAUGGGCAUGAUCAUGAGGAUCACUAG